AUGAGCAACGGGACGUACCGCUGCGGCGCCCUGCGGCACCUGGAGGGCGGCCCGUCGGCGCUGCCGGGCGCGCUGCUCUUCGCCGCCGGGCUGGGGGGCAACGUGUUGGCGCUGGGGCUGCUGUGGCAGCACCAGCUGCGCGCCCGGCGGCAGGGCGGCGGGCGGCGGGCGCGGGCGUCGGCCUUCUACGUGCUGGCCAGCGCCCUGGCCGCCACCGACCUGCUGGGCAAGUGCGCGCUGAGCCCGGUGGUGCUGGCCGCCUACGCGCGCAACCGCAGCCUCAGCGCGCUCUGGCCGUCGGCGGGGCCGCCGCCGGGGCCGCUGUGCCGCCUCUUCGCCUCGCUCAUGGCCUUCUUCGGGCUGGCGCCCAGCGUGCUGCUCCUGGCCAUGGCGCUGCAGUGCUGCCUCUCGCUGGGCCGCCCCUACUGCUACGCGCGCCGCGCCGGGCGCCGCCUGGGCGCCCUGCUGGCCGCCGCCGCCGCCGCCCUCUGCGCCCUCCUCUGCGCCCUGCCGCCGCUGGGCUUCGGCGCCGCCGUGCAGUACUGCCCGGGCACCUGGUGCUUCCUCCGCAUGGCCGGCCCGGGCCGCGGCUACGCGCUGCUCUACGCCAGCCUGCUGGCGCUGCUGGUGCUGGCCGUGGGCCUCUGCAACCUGGGCAGCAUGCGCAGCCUCUACCGCAUGGCGCGCCGCCAGCCGCCCCGCACCGCCGAGGCCGCCGCCCCCCGCCCGCCGGGGGGCCUCUCCCGCGCCGGCCGCACGCAGGAGCUGCGGCACCUGGUCCUGCUGGCCCUCAUGACCGUCCUCUUCACCGUCUGCUCCCUGCCCCUCAUCAUCCGUGCUUACGUCGGAGCUAUCGCGCCCGAUUACGACGAGAACGCCGACCUCACCGCCCUCCGGUUUUUUUCCGUGAACUCCAUUGUUGACCCCUGGGUCUUCAUCAUCUUUCGGACGUCCGUGUUUCGCACCUGCCUCCACCGGGUUUCAAAGAGGCUGAGCUAUAACAGAGCUUCGCACUCUCAGCUCCUGGAAACGUCAACCCGGAAGGAUUCUGGACAGCUGCCAUGA